GCGCGGGACCGCCCAGCGGUUGCCGGGAGACGGCGCCGUCUCCGCCGGGCGGGCGCGUCGGUCGGCGGGUCGCGGCCGGGCCGGGUCCGCGGGCGCCAUGGCACCCAAAAAGAAAGGGAAGAAAGGCAAAGCCAAAGACACCUCCAUUGUUGAUGGGCUGGCUCCAGAGGACAUGAACAAGGAGCAGGUGGAGGAACAUGUCAGCCGCAUCCGGGAGGAGCUGGACCGCGAGCGGGAGGAGCGCAACUACUUCCAGCUGGAGCGGGACAAGAUUCACACCUUCUGGGAGAUCACUCGGAGGCAGCUGGAGGAGAAGAAGGCUGAGCUGCGGAACAAAGACCGGGAGAUGGAGGAGGCUGAGGAGAGGCACCAGGUGGAGAUCAAGGUGUACAAGCAGAAGGUGAAGCACCUGCUGUAUGAGCACCAGAACAACCUGACGGAGAUGAAGGCUGAGGGCACCGUGGUCAUGAAGCUGGCACAGAAGGAGCACCGGGCGCAGGAGGGCGUGCUGCGCAAGGACGUGCGGGCGCUGAAGGUGGAGCUGAAGGAGCAGGAGCUGGCCAGCGAGGUGGUGGUGAAGAACCUGCGGCUGAAGCACACCGAGGAGAUCACCAGGAUGCGGAACGACUUUGAGAGGCAAGUGCGAGAAAUUGAGACCAAGUAUGACAAGAAGAUGAAGAUGCUCAGGGACGAGCUCGACCUGCAGAGGAAGACCGAGAUCCACGAGGUGGAGGAGCGGAAGAACGGCCAGAUCAACUUGCUGAUGCGGCGGCACGAGGAGGCCUUCACCGACAUCAAGAACUACUACAACGACAUCACCCUCAACAACCUGGCCCUCAUCAACUCCCUCAAGGAGCAGAUGGAGGACAUGCGGAAGAAGGAGGACCGCCUGGAGAGGGAGAUGGCCGAGGUGUCCAUGCAGAACAAGCGCCUGGCAGACCCUCUCCAGCAGGCUCGGGACGAGAUGAGCGAGAUGCAGAAGCAGCUGGGCAACUACAAGAGAGACAGGCAGAUCCUGGUCUGCACAAAAGCACGUUUGAAAGUGACCGAGAAAGAGCUGAAAGACCUGCAGUGGGAGCACGAGGUGCUGGAGCAGCGGUUCCUCAGGGUGCAGCAGGAACGCGAUGAGCUCUACCAGAAGUUCACCUUGGCCAUCCAGGAGGUGCAGCAGAAGACGGGCUUCAAGAACCUGGUGCUGGAGCGCAAGCUGCAGGCGCUGAACGCCGCCGUGGAGAAGAGGGAGGUGCAGUUCAACGAGGUGCUGGCGGCUUCCAACCUGGACCCCUCGGCACUGACACUGGUGUCCCGCAAGCUCGAGGACGUUCUGGAAUCCAAGAACAGCACCAUCAAGGACCUGCAGUAUGAGCUGGCCCGGGUCUGCAAGGCCCACAACGACCUGCUGCGCACGUACGAGGCGAAGCUGCUGGCUUUCGGGGUCCCCCUGGACAACGUGGGCUUCAAGCCCUUGGAGACAGCCGUGAUCGGGCAGACACUGGGCCAGGGCCCUGCAGGACUCGUGGGCACCCCGACGUAGCCCCCCGCCAGGGGCUGAGGCCUGCAGAGCCAGCCUGGGACCACGCUCCAGAUGACACACCAAGGACAGCAAGUUUAUGUUUUUUAGAUUUUAUCGUCAGCAAAUGAAGGCUUUUCACAUUUCCUUGCUGUCCUCCUGCUGUGUCUGUGGUGGCCAUGGGUCCACGCAGGGCGCCCAGUCCGUGCCACGGCUGCCCCCUCUGAGUCCUGCCUCCCGCCAGCCAACAGCACCUUCUCUGAGGACCCCGUGCUCACGUUCUGCCACCCGCGCGUCCCUCUUGACCCGCGAACACAACAGCUUUGCAGGUGCCGCCAUGGACUUUAUUGACACCCAGGUACAGCUGCCCCCCAGGAAGCGGGUGACGCUGCUGCCCCACAGUGAGCCCGAAGCCCACUCUGGUGAGGACCGAGUGGCAGCUCAGCCGGAGGGAGGGAAGGAGCAGGCGGCCUCCCUUGUGCCAGGCCUGGCUCUAGCUCCCUCGGUAGGUGGUGUAGGACCACGGGCUCAGCAGCAAAGGCACAUGGAACUUCUGGGUCUCGUUUGUGAUGGUGAAAACAACCUUAGGGACAGAGAGAGGCGCCCGAGAGGAUAACGGGCCUGAGCUGUCUGGCCUGAACCCUCCCAGGGAAAAUUCGGCAGCCCAGACUGUGGGGUGGGAGUCAAGGGAGGGGCAGAGAUUUCCCCCAGAGGGGAGAACUGGAAACUUCCUGAGGGCUGAGAGUAGGGGUGAAUCCUCCCCACUGGAGGGACAGCUCCUGGGAGGCCAGAGCCCCCUGGCUGCCAGGCUCCCCACAACCCAGGUAGGUCUGAUGCUUUGGUGGCAGCUCCAGGUGAAGGGGAGGCGGAGAGGUUAGGCCCCGUGAGCUGGAGUCUGGGCUCUGAUGCCAGCCGCUGUCUACCAAGCGGGGAUGAGUCACCCUCAGCCUGGCCUGGCCUCCCCACAAAGCCUGACCCAGGGGCAGGUCAGGGACUGGUGUGUCCUCAUAAACCAUGACGACGCCUGGACACCUUUCUGGAGCUCACCUGCCUGCCCCCGCCCUGGGGGAGACCUGGCUAGCAGGACCUGGCCUGGGGGUCACCGUGUGUCACUGCCCUGCCCGUGUGCCUCACCUCCACAUAUGGGUAGAAGCUCUCCUGUCCCCCUCCUCCUCCAGUAGGCCUCUGUGUCGAAGGAGAGCUUGUAGGUGCCGGCCUUCAUCUGGGCCUGGGUCAGGAGCCCGGGGCAGCGGCCGUCGGGGUCUGUGUAGCUGGGGAGAGGCUGGGGCUGCAGAGAUGGGGGUGAGGAGCCACCCCCACCCCAGCACCCCCGGACGCUUCCCACAGCCCCACUCAGACUGGCGAGCAGACAGACGCCACAGUGGGACUGUGUUCGAGGCCUGCGGUUCUGGAGCAGCCUUGGGCCCCCCUGUGCUGUCUUUUCAGGAAAUCACAACACAGAGAAGCAAAAAGGAGGAAAAUCUCCCAUCGUCUACCCCAUGAGCAGGAACCACUUUAUAUCUGGCAUAUAUUUUUCUAGAUUUUCUUCUAUGCAUAUUUAUUUACAAACUUUAAAAAAAUCAUAAAUGGAUUAUGCUAUUCAUACUGUUC